GCCCGGGCCCGGCUCAGGCCGUUGUGGGGUGUGGAGCUCGGCCCCCGGGGGCGGCAGCUGGGAGAGCCCUGUCCGUGAGGGGCUGCAAGAGCGAGGCGGCGCUGCGGUGCACUGCGGACAGAGAGUAAGACGCGGCUCAGCCUUUCAUCAUGCCGACUGUUCCAGAGUUGGAGGAUGUGGUGCUGCAGCUUCGCCAGCAGCUUCAGGAGGUGGAGGAGCAGCGGAUGAAAGCGGCUCAGUAUGGCCUGCAGCUGCUGGAGAGCCAGGCAGAGCUGCAGAACCAGCUGAUGGAAUCGCGAGCUGAAUUUACCACUUCCAUAGAGGUUCUAGAGCAAGAUAAGUAUUCACUGCAGCGAGAGAUGGAGCUGAAAAAUCGCAUGCUUGAGAGUCUGAGCUCUGAUGUUGAGAGCAUUAAACAGCAGCAAAAAAUGCAGCUGAGUCAACAGCAGGAACAGCUGGAGAGAAGCCAUGCUCGUGAGAUAAAUGAGUUGAAAAGCAAGAUGGAGAAGUUGAAGUUUGAUCUGGACGAAGCUCAGCUCUGUGAGAAACAGCUCAGGCACAAACUCAAACACCAGAAUGACCUGCUCAUUUCCAAGAGUGAAGAGUUGCGAAGCUUGUCUGAGCGUGCUCAAGAAACCAUGUCAUCAGAAGUGAUGAGUCUUCAAGUGGAGAACAUGGAACUCGAAGCUGUGAAGGUCAAGCUGCAGGAAGAAUAUAAUGAAAUGGUUUAUCGUCACGAGCAGCUGGAACUGGCUAAUGGUAAUUUGAGACGUCACGUGGAGAGACUGGAAGAGGAAAAGGAGGAUCAAGAGAAGGAGGCAGUUUCAUACAGCAACUCACUGGAGAAAGCACGAGUUGUUAAUCAGGAGCUGCAGAUUCAGUUGGACCAGACCUUACAAGAUGCUCAAAACCCCAACAGUAAAGGGAACUCACUGUUUGCAGAGGUAGAAGAUCGUAGGGCAAUGAUGGAACGACAACUGAUUGGUAUGAGAGUCCAAUAUCAGUCAUUGCAGAAACAGCACGCAUUCUCCCGCCAGCAGCUCCACAGAAUGAAGAUGCAGAUAGCCACACUGUUGCAGCUGAAAGGCUCACAUUCAGACCCUGGCCAGUUGGAACGUCUGCAGUCGAUGCUGGCACAGAAGAAUAAUGAGAUUCAAGCUCUAUUAGUAAAACUGAGACGCUUAGAGAAACAGGAGAUGAAUCAUGAUCUUGUGGAGAAUCACGAGGUUGAGGCUUCAGAACUUGGCGACAGCCAAUACUACGUUGAAUUGUUGAAGCUGCAACUGAACAAUGCCAAGAAGGAGAGUAAGACUCUGAAUGAUGAGCUGUCUUUGCAACGUAUGAAAGCUCUUGCAGAGAGCCAACGGGUCCUCGAAGUUGAACGUAAACUUUACAGCAAUGAGAGACAACUGAAGCAAUGUCAGAGUGAGAACAUGAAACUUCGAAUCAAACUGGAUGAGAUGAAGCUGAAAUAUGAACCAGAAGAACUUAAGAACCGGUCACAGAACCGCAGGAAAGAGAAGCUUCCAGUUGAGGGGUCUGAAGAAGCUCAGCAAACAGCCAACAAGACUCCUACAAGUGGAGCUCCUGCACUUGGCCUUCCUCCACCUUCUGAAAAGCUGGUGGAGACUAGAAAAAGACAGACAGAUAAGCUACACGCUGAGAUUUCAGUUUCUCCCCCAAAUCCAGCCACUCGAGCUGUGCCUGUGACUGAGAUUCAAGUACCAGAGCCGGAAACUGCCUGCAACCAGCCAUCUUCUAAAGAGGGAAAGAGGGUGCGGAUCAUGGAAGAAUCGAGCGAUGUACAGGUUUUCUCUGAACGAAGCAACGCAGAAGUCUCCAGGCCGUGCCCCUCGCCCAGGCUGCCCAGGGCUGAGGUCAAGCUACAAAUGGCAGAGGAGAAGGUUGUGGAGAAAGAAACAGAAGAGCUUAAAAGCGAAAACAAACUCCAACGGCAGAAGUUCAGCCCAGUCAUCCACGUGUCGUCGCAGGCCCCAGCUGAAGCUCAGUGUGCUCAACAAUAACCACAGCCUGGCUGGUUAUCAAACUUUAUCUGGCCAAGACGUAAAUGUACCUUCAAGAUAAUUGUAAAUAAAAGCUGUACAGUAUUCUCCAUAUAAGCCAGUUGGCUUUUGGUACAGUUGGAAAUCUAGUGAUAUAUAAUUUGCUUCACUGCAUUUCUUUAUGUUGCCAUAGUGCUCCGGGACACUACCCCGUGCGAAGGGCGUUAUAUAAAUGCAAG